AUGGCAAGAGCUCUCGCCUACGGUGGAGGAGCUGCCGCAGCUGGUUUCGUCCCGCCGUGGCUCGCGGUGCUCGGUGUGGCCCUGCUCUCCGCCUGGGCCAUCACGCUCACCGUCCUCCUCUGUGGAGGCAGCUCUAAAAAAAAAAGACCGACACUUGGAGGUGGUGGUGGAGGUGACGGUGGAGGGGCCUGUGGUGGUGGAGGGGGCUGUGGUGGUGGAGGGGGCUGUGGCGGCGGCGGUUCCUAG